AGGGAGGGGAGACAGGAGAUGGGGAAGGUUUGUUGCAAAACAGCUUCUCUGGAAGUGAUGACACCAACAGAAAACCUUCCAAUAACUUCCUAUGAGAGGAGGACAACACAGGAGUUACUGCACAGGGUUAAUCACAUGGUGAGUGGGACACACAGGGUUAAUCACAUGGUAAGGGGGGGACACAGGGUUAAUCACAUGGUAAGGGGGCACACACAGGGUUAAUAACAUGGUAAGAGAAAUAGCACACGGUUAUUAUAUACAUAGGAAGUGGUAUACACAGGGUUAAUCACAUGGUAAGGGGACAUACACAGGGUUAAACACAUGGUAAGGGGGGACACAGGGUUAAUCACAUGGUAAGAGAAAUAGCACACGGUUAUUAUAUACAUAGGAAGGGGUAUACACAGGGUUAAUCACAUGGUAAGGGGGCACACACAGGGUUAAUCACAUGGUAAGGGGGCACACACAGGGUUAAUCACAUGGUAAGAGAAAUAGCACACGGUUAUUAUAUACAUAGGAAGGGGUAUACACAGGGUUAAUCACAUGGUAAGGGGACACACACAGGGUUAAUCACAUGGUAAGGGGACACACACAGGGUUAAUCACAUGGUAAGGGGACACACACAGGGUUAAUCACAUGGUAAGGGGGCACACACAGGGUUAAUCACAUGGUAAGGGGGCACACACAGGGUUAAUCACAUGUAAGAGAAAUAGCACACGGUUAUUAUAUACAUAGGAAGGGGGACACAGGGUUAAUCACAUGGUGAGGGGGCACACAGGGUUAAUCACAUGGUAAGAGAAAUAGCACACGUUAUUAUAUACAUAGGGUUAGUCACAUAGGAAGGGGGGACACAAGGAUAUUAUAUACAUGGGGAGGGGGGACACAAGGAUAUUAUAUACAUGGGAAGGGGGGACACAAGGAUAUUAUAUACAUGGGAAGGGGGGGACACAAGGAUAUUAUAUACAUGGGAAGGGGGGGACACAAGGAUAUUAUAUACAUGGGAAGGGGGGGACACAAGGUAAUUAUAUACAUGGGACGGGGGGACACAAGGAUAUUAUAUACAUGGGAAGGGGGGGACACAAGGAUAUUAUAUACAUGGGAAGGGGGGGACACAAGGAUAUUAUAUACAUGGGAAGGGGGGGACACAAGGUAAUUAUAUACAUGGGACGGGGGGACACAAGGAUAUUAUAUACAUGGGACGAGAGACAGCACAGAAUUAUUUUGCACAUGGAAAGAGGGGGUCAGCGCUAGGUUAUUAUAGAUCCAUUGUACAGCGCUGCGGAAUUUGUUAGCGCUAUAUAAAUAAUGUAUGGCAGGGGGAACACAGGGUUAUAAUAUACAUGGUAAGGGGAUAUUAUUAAUACAUAUAUUAUAAGGAAGGGAGUUCCAUCCUGUGAGGGAAGCACAAAGUUACCCCCCAAAGAGGCAGUGAAGGCUCACACACCGGGGCAGCAGGACAGCAAAAUAGUGACCAGGGUGAGACAUGUAUGAACAUUAAUAAGAGGAAGGCAAGGGAGAAACAUGGGGUGAGGAGGUCAUAAAUGCACGGGGAGGGGAGGCUGUGCAGGGUUACACACAGUGAGGGGAUGGGGAGGCUGUGCAGGGUUACACACAGUGAGGGGGAGGCUGUGCUGGGUUACACACAGUGAGGGGAUGGGGGAGGCUGUGCAGGGUUACACACAGUGAGGGUGCAGGGUUACACACACAGUGAGGCUGUGCUGGAGUUACACACAGUGAGGGAGGCUGUGGGACACACACACAGUGAGGAGGCUGUGGGGCCUGAUGAGGGAUGGGGGAGGCUGUGCUGGGUUAAACACAGUGAGGGGUGAGAGCUGUGCUGGGUACACAGUGAGGAUGGGAGGCUGUGCUGGGUUACACAGUGAGGGACCAGGGAGGCUGUGCUGGGUUACACACGUGGGGAUGGGGGAGGCUGUGCAGUACACAGUGAGGAUGGGGAGGCAUGCGGUACACAGAGUGAGGGAGGCUGUGCAGGGUUACACACAGUGAGGAGGCUGUGCUGGGUUACACACAGUGAGGAUGGGGGCUGUGCUGGGGUUACACAGCCAGGGAGGCUGUGCUGGGUUACACACACAGUGAAAGGGGGGAGGCUGUGGUUACACAGUGAGGGAUGGGGAGGCUGUGGCAGUUACACACAGAGUGGGGAGAGCUGUGCUGGUUACACAGUGAGGAUGGGAGGCUGGGUUACACACACACAGUGAGGGAGGCUGUGCUGGGUUACACACACAGUGAGGGGGAGGCUGUGUUGGGUUACACACAGUGAGGGGAGGCUGUGUUGGGUUACACUGAGUGAGGGGGAGGCAUUAGCUGGGUUACACACAGUGAGGCUGUGGGAACACACAGUGAGGGAGGCUGUGCUGGGUUACACACAGUGAGGGAUGGGGAGGAUCUGUGCAGGGGUUACACAGUGAGAGGCUGUGCAGGGUUACACAGUGAGAGGAGAUGCUGGGUUACACACAGUGAGGGGGAGGAUGUGCUGGGUUACACACAGUGAGGGGAGAGCUGCUGCAUGGUUACACAGUGAGGGGCUGUGCAGGGUUACACACAGUGAGGGAUGGGGGAGGCUGUGCUGGGUUACCCACACUGAGGGGAUGGGGGAGGCUGUGCAGGGUUACACACAGUGAGGGGGGGAGGCUGUGCAGGGUUACACACAGUGAGGGGGGAGGCUGUUUAAGGUUGCACACUAGGGAGGGAGGCUGUGCAGGGUUGCACACAAUAAGGCUGUUCAGUGUAACAUGCACAGGGUUGUUGCACAGUCAUGCUGAGGGAGAUACAUUACAGUUACAGUAGUAUGCAGGACACACUUCUAGGGAGGAAUUGCACACAGUGAGAAACAUGGGGAGGUGUAAUAGUAUCGCUCACAAGGUGGUGCACAAUCCCCCAGUGUGUACAUAUUAUAUUACAUAUUCUAUGUACACACCAAGGGGCAGAUUGCGGAUUAUAGUACAUAAAGGGGAUACAGACUGGGGAAAGCUGUGAUACAAUAAACACUGUGUUCACUGUACAGAAUAUACAUCUAUGUUAUAGUACAUUGUCUGUAUUCAUACAGAGAAUACACAAAAGGAAGCUUUAUAAUCAUAAUCGGGACUUCUUUAUUUAUAGGUGUAAUAAGCAGAUAAGGGCGAUACUCGGGAAAUCAGAAAAUUUAUGUCCUCCAGGGGUGGUGUACCCCUAGGUCCUGGGAGUUCAAUGAACAUGAUGCGGGGUCAAAGCCCAGGAGUUUACAGAGUGCCCCCAGGGCCCUAUCAGGUAUUUAUAAUAUUAUAUAUAUUGUAAUAUUACAUGUUAUAACCAGCUCAACUGCUACGCCAUCUUUAUUCAUCUGACAAUUUCCAUCAUUCGUAUCUACAGUCUCUACUUUUUCUAAACCAUGGACUCGAAUAUGGCUUAGAACCUGCCAUGUUAUGUUUUUUCUUUCCCCCUCCCAAUAUCCAAUGUACAUGCACAGUGUUAUGGUUUUAAUUAGUGUAACAAUAUCACCAUUGCCUUGCGACUAAUCAGGGCAUCGUCUUAUGCUAUAAUAACCCUUCAAGAUGGGCAGACUGAUCAUAUAGCUUUCUGUUUCACUGGUCCUGAUGCGGCUGUAGGUUCGACAUGGCCUAAUUUUUUUUACAUUCAGCUAAUUAUAACGUGAAGCAGCUAGUUAAUUACCUCCAAUACGUCUGAGGUUUUGCAGGCUGAAAAAUCGGUUCACUUAGUGUUAAUUUAAUUCCUCAACUGAUUAACCAAUUACUUCAAUCAUUAUAAAAAAAAAGUAUCUUAACUGCAUCUAUCCAUAACAAACUUUCUUAUUUAUUGGUUAUUGAUUACAGUUCUUUAAUGGAUCAAUAACUGGCUGAUUUAAAAUCAAUAAAAACUGAGUAAUUGUUCCUGCUGAUUUUCAUUGCCAACUCAUAUUUAUCAUCCAAUUAUCGUUAAUAGUUUGUUACUAAUUGUCAGGUCAUAUUGACAAUUUUUUUUUUUUUUUUUCUUCUCCAAUCUAGUCUAAUCAUGAUACAAACCAAGAUGGAAUCAUAAAUCCUUUCCAUUAGUAUUUGUGCGCACUAGCAUGAAACCUCAUGGCUUGGAUCAAUUAAAACAAUUUAUAAAGGUUAUAAAUAUGUCAUCUUAAUAAAUUGUUUUAAAUGUAUGCACCCAAGGAUAUUUUGUGCUGAUAUUCGUUCAUGUUUUAUGUGAGUGAUGACUGCCUUCAAAAUGCUCCAAACUAAGACCAGUCUGAAUAGUACUCACUGGAUGAUUUCACAUUUGCCUGAAUAUUUUGGAAACAUUUGGACUGUUAUUGCUGGUUUUAAAGUUGUAAAAUGCUUACAGGAAAAUUUUAAGGGUAAAAUGUAAUGUUCUCAUUCUUGAAAUGGAACUGCUUUGUGGAAAUUGGACUGAGAUAAACCAAGAAGUCUGAAUGUUGCUCGUAGAAGUUUAGCAACCCCAACUCCCAUGUUUUGGAUUGCAGACUAUUCUCACUUUAUAAUCAAUGUAGGUCCAUUAUACAGAUGAUAUGGAAAAAGUAUACAGUAUGAGGUCAGUUCCGAUAGCACGGGAUUGUGAGUGAUGCAGUCUGUGGUUAUUUCUGAUAGCAUGGGAUUGUAAGUGAUCAGUCUUAGGUCUGGGAUUGUAAGUGAUGCAGUCUAAGGUCUGUUCAGGCAGCACAAGAUUGGAAGUGAUGCAGUCUCAGGUCAGUUCAGGCAGCUCGGGAUUGGAAGAGAUACAGUAUGAGGUCAGUUCAGGCAGCACAAGCUCUGAUUUCACAUGACCUGGAUUUGAGUAGUAAAUCACACAUUGAGGCAUGUUGCAGUACCAGGAUCCUGUCUCAUUUCUGCAAAUGCAAGCGACCAAAUUCUACUUUUAUGCAAAUAUGCAGUCGUGGGGGGAUGUGGAUGUGAGACUCUUUAGCCUUUGAUCUUUACAGUUAGUGGAGCGAGCAGGAAAAUAGUACUGUAGUGUGUUUUUUAUUUAUUUUUUUUCUCAAUUAGAAGCUGUAUUCUCUAUUGUAUAAUGCUGUUAGACUACUUAUAGGAGGGGGCAGUGAAGAUGUCUAUCGGUAGGCAUCUUUGCUGCACACCCCUCUGUUGGUUAGGUAUCACACUGAAGCGGGGUCAGAUUAUAGCGUGUGCUUAUAUCUGGUUAUUCUUUCCUCCCGAAAAGGUAUCAGCAGCAUGCUAUUAUGGUUAGAGAGGCCGGGACAUAACCUAAAAAGGUUGAGAUAUGUCACCUCUGUUAGUGGGAGGGUGCAGUGAGUUUUCCUUUGGGUGCAAGCCCCCAGGUGUUUUGGAAUCUAGCAACACAGCUGCUUAUAUGGGCAAAGGGGUCUUAUUAUGUUGGCAGCAGAUGGGGAUAGGUGUUCAGUGUCUUUUAUUUAUUUAUUUAUUUAUUUUAAUCAAACCACUUAAAUAUGGUAUAACAAGAAAACAUAGCCCCAUACCUGUAACAGCGGUGGUUUUGGUGCUUGGAUUGUCUCUUUAACGUGAGUUAAAGCAGUUAAUUUGUGACACAUUUCUCCUUUGGACUAGGUCUGGGAACUUUUAGUGUAAGUGUAACUUCUAAACCAAAUGUGCCAGUUUGAAAAAAUAAAAUAGCUGAUCUUAAGAAAUGUCCUGUUUCAUUUAUUACCUAAAAUUUGCAACUCACCCUGGAUGAUUCAGGACAAUGUCUGGUUUAGUGAAUAAACAAGGUAGUGUCCGAUUUUAAAGGGACACUUCACUGUGGAUGUAAUUUUAUAAAUUGAAUGCAUCAUUUAACAAAUAAGAUACAUGGUUGUAUUGGAGUGAGGAUCAUACUGAUGUACUAUUCUUGAUAUAUUUGGGGUUAUGUGUAAAAAUUCACACAUUCAUGACCGUUUUGUGUGAAUGCAUAAUUUCAGGUUUUUGUGUUUUUGUUUUUUUGUUUGUUUGUUUUUUUUUUUUUAAGACUGCUUUUAGUUUCAAACUUCUCUCAAUAUCGGAGGCAUCAAGCUUGACGUGUCCUGUGUUUGGAUAUGGUAUGGGGUGCCAUCCCGCCACAACUCCUGGUCAAGUACCUGUCUGUAAAUUUAAACAUUGAUUUGAUUUUAGAUUGAGUUGCUCUGUCUAGGAAAUUAAAAUAGGGUGGCCAAGUGAGGAAGAAUUUUUACGUUCCUCCUUUUUAUUUUUUAUUUUUAUUUUUAUUUUUAUUAACAAGGUUUCUAACCAAUCUGUAGGAAGGAGAUUUUCAUAUGUAAUAGUGAUAGUAAGGGGGGAGGGGCAGAUCCUGUCGCGUGAUAUAUUUUUACGUACUGUAGCAAGGACCACCUGUGCUAGUUUUUGGACGUGACGUGGUCCCCUCUAUUGUUCUCUCCAAUGUUGCCAACAAUGGAGAGUGUGACAGAAUACCCAGUCACUUAUUAAGCUUUUCAUUUUGGUUAUAACCAUGGUUGUUCAGUUAUUGUUCAGACCUGUUUCCCCCUUUUUAUAACUCCCGAACCCAGACCACCCCCUGGAUCAUUAACUUCAAAGAACCCAUUAACUUAAGUGGUCUUCUGGGUGGCCAAUUUGUCUCACGAAUGCAGGCAGUGGUACUUGGACGUUGAAUGCAUGGAAUUGAAAUCGGACACGCUACCUCACGAACACCGAUGAAUUUGUACUACCACCUGCUUCCCUCCCAAAUAAGCCAGUAGAGCGCUUCUCGGGAAAACUACUCACACAAACAAGAGGAGCAUUCGCUCCCUAGAGCCAGGGGGAGCAUUUGGUUUUAUGCGCACAGGAACUCCCGAAAGUUUAAAAACUUUACCCGGUGGCGAUUCCAUUCCACCAAACAGAUUUGGGUACUAUUUGGAUAUGGAUUAUUCGGGGAAAUGAGACGUGGGGUUCCUGUGGAUAUGGAGUGUGGUUUGGGGGUAUUUUCUCUGGGGUUCCCUGUAACUGAGAGAUAAUGAGUCACCGGUCUUUGACUCAGUUAUCUCCCAGACACAGAGAUGCCUGGGAGGGGUUUGUAUUUCUUUGCAUGGAGACCUCAUGCAGGGGGUCUGUGUAUAAAUUGAGUGUGCCUUGCACUGAAAAAACAAGUCUAUUCCCAGCAUUAAAGGACCACUAUAGUGCCCUCAGGGUCCCCCUCCCGCUGGGCUCUGGGGAGAGGAACGGGGUUAUACAUACCUUUUUUUUUUUUUUCCAGCGCCGGGCGGGGAGCUCUCCUCCUCCUCUCCGCCUCCGAUCCUCCUCUUCGGCUGAAUGCGCAGGAGCUGCGUGCGCAUUCAGCCAGUCUCAUAGAAAAACAUUCAUAAUGCUUUCCUAUGGACGCUUGCAUCUUCUCACUAUGAUUUUCACAGUGAGAAGCACGCAAACGCCUCUAGUGGCUGACAAUGAGACAGCCACUAGAGGCUUUAGAGGCUGGAUUAACCCAUUUAGAAACAUAGCAGUUUCUCUGAAACUGAUAUGUUUAUAUAAAAAUAAAAAAAAAGUUAAUCCUAGAGGGACCUGGCACCGAGACCACUUCAUUAAGCUAAGUCUUGGCUAAUGUCUGGGGUGGGGGGAGAAGCUAUAUCACUCUAUCCUGCUAUAAUCACUGAAGAUGGCACUGACUGAGAUCCUGGGAAGGGUAAAGGACAUUCUUGGUGGCGAGACUCAUGUCCCUACCAGAGUGCCACCACAGGGAGAUUUUAAAAGAAGUUCAUAUUAAUUAUGUUGUAUAACUUUCAACUUGCUUCCGGAAUGUUUCAAUCCCCACAUUUUAAACAGUUGGCUGAAUCCCAGAGAUUUUAUGAUAUAUAUUUUUUUAAAUUAUAUGCGUUUUUAGUUAAAUGCGUGGUGUGCGAUCUUCAGAUGAAUUUCCUGGUAGGAAGCUGUUGGGAGUAGUUUAAGCAGCUUGGUGGUCGUUGUAAUGAGUACUUAAUGCGUUAAUGUUGGAAAGUGUGUUAUCUCACUUUGAUGAACCUGUUUUGUAUGGUCAUGUAGUCUAGGUUAGGUAUGAUUUAGGAGUAAAGUGGGCUAAUUGAGUAGGGUGAAGUGGUUGAUUGUGUAAGUGGAUAAUCUUUAGAAUGGUUCCAGUCUUCCGAGCUGAGAUGUGAAAGAAUCGUACCUAUUAGGAUGUGUCUGUAAAUAUGCAAAAAGUGGGAUAUUAAGGUCAGAAAAUGUUUGAUUUUGCUGGAGCAUAAGGAUCAACUUUUGUUUUUUGCUUUUGUCUAGAAAAUUCUAUAUUUUGGUAUGGCCUGCAGUUUCCCAGGAGUGGUAAGGGUAUUGGGCUUCCCCAUUUUGAAAACACGAGUUACGUAGAAAGCGGAUAAAUCUUGCGUAUUGCCAUGGAAACCCCAGGAGCUGUCUCCACAAUUUCCAUGUUUUAAUAGUGAAUGCCAAUCAAGGGUUUUCCCAUGCUCCCUCUUGGAGGGAGACAUACGGGAUGUGUGGUAGUUGCGAGUUGUACUACUGUAAAUUGUCCUGAUCUUUUUAUCCAGUCUAGGGUGUGGCGUGAGUGUACAAUUUUACAUUUAUAAUAUUUUAAACCCAGAUUAAAUCUGGUUUGAGAUCGUUUGUCCACUGCUAGUCUUGGACAUUUUGCUUCCAAAGAAAUGUGAAAAAGAUUUGAUUGCGAGUUUUCUCAUCUGGUCGCGAGAGUAGUAUUGGUAAGGCGUUUACCUUUUGUCAAAAGGGGUGUCAUAUUGAUUUUGUAUAUAAUGGACAUUUGAGGGGGAAUUUUAAAAUGUGAGGUUGUUCAUGUUUGGGGAGUUGGUGCCAGUAAUCGUAUUGGUGGGCCUGGGUCCAGUCUCUUGGCUGUCAAUUUUAUACCAACUAAUUUAUUAGCCUGUUAUCGGACCAUACCUUUCAAAAAGGGCAAUCGUAUUCAAUAGGGAUUUUUCAGGAUUUGAGAGAUAAAGUACAAAUUCAUCCACAAAGCCUGUGGAUUUAAUGGUGUGGGGUCGCAGUUGUAUUCCGUUUAUAUCCCCAGAGGGAUAGAUAAACCCUAUAAUUGGAUCUAGAGCUAUCAAAGAAUAGGUGAUAAUGGGCAAGCUUGUAUUUCUCCUUUCAUGAUUGGCAUGAUGCUACCAGAUGUAUUCUUCAACCGUAGGUGCCUUCAGAAUUACUUUAAUUAUUGUCACAUUUUUUUUUCUCGUCUCUAAGUUGCAGACUCCAAUUUAUCAGCUGCCUCAUGUAUACAGCUACUGAUCACAAAACGUUGAUUAAAACAUUGAUUUUUCUAGUUCUUACACCGUGUUAAGCAAUUCAUUGCUCUCCAUUUAUGGCCAAACAUAUAUAUUUUUUUAAAUUUAUUUUUUAAACAUUCGUAUUGGGCCUGUGUUAUUACGUUUAAUUACCUACUUGUACAUUCCAUCCUUCGUUUAAACUGUUACUGAUUCAAAACCUUUUUAUUUCCAUCAUUGCUUUUUAAUUGGGAUUCUUAAUUGCUGAUUAACUGUAGAAUUGCUUAAUAUUCAUUAUAAUUGAUGCUUAUUGACCCUUCUCAAAGGCCUUUUAAUUUCUCUAGCCUCUAACCAAAGGCAGAUUCAAGGACCUUUUUUAAAGGGAUGCUCAAGGCACCAUUACAACUACAGUUUGUGAUCUGUUUAGUACUAGGACUCUUUGGGGCUUAUUCAGUAAACUAUUUGUAAUUCCCCCCCCCGCCCCCACCACCAAUCAUCAGUUUCAACCCACAUUUACACACCCAAAGCUCUGUGCCUUACCGGAGAUUAGCAUUAACACCUUAAGGACCAAACUUCUGGAAUAAAAGGGAAUCAUGACUAGAGAUGUCGCGAACGGCUCGCCACGGUUCGCCACGAACCGUUCGCGGCGAGCUCCGGUCAGCUGACACAUCCCGGCCAAUCUCCAGCAGACCCUCCCACCUCCUGGACAGCAUCCAUGUUGAAGGCAGCUUCAACAUGGAUGCUGUCCAGGAGGUGGGAGGGUCUGGGAAUUUACUUUCAGAGCCCCCAGUGCUUCUCUAUGAAACAUUUGCUUGAACCCGAGAUUAUCCGGAUUGAUAAUCUCAGAAGAGGCAGAGCAAAUGCCCCGAGUUUUAGGUAAAUUUCAUUGUGGGUUUUGUAUUGUUGUUGUCUUUGUUUGGUGGUUUGUUUUUUUUUACUUUUUAUUUUAUUUUAUUUUAUUUAUUUAUUUGUGUGUGUGCAUUUGAACCAUGUUGGUCAAGAAUGUGUAAUUGCUGUGAUUGUUACCCAGAAUGCCAAGUGGCAGUAGCGAAAGGAUUAAUUUCAAUGGAACUCCGUUAAACAGUCAUUCAUCCUCAUCAUUUUACUGCUAUGUCUGGACUUGUUUGAACCUCAGUUGAUCGAGAGGCUUUACCACACAGGAAAUUGAAUCAGUUUUUAAAAUGUCUCUUUUAUCUUGCUUUUUCUGUCUUAAAGGAACAUUGCUUGUUUGCUACAGUUGCAAUUGUCAAAUGUUCCUUGCUGCAACAGCAUUUGAACGCUGCAUACAACAUGACAUGAUAUGUGUAUAGGAAAACCAUGUGGUCCAGGCAAACCCAGAAAUACACAGAUCAUCUGUUUUGGUAAUCAUCUUACGUGCGUGUGAUUGAAAUGCAGACUACCCGAAAAAUAUUGGGUGUAGAUGAUUUUGUCUCUUUAAUUCAACAUGGUUAAUCACUAAAAAUGUGAAUUGUGUAGAUUUACAUUUUUGGGUCCAAAGAUAAAAUUUUUAAAAAUACUCCAGGACAGAUGCUUUAUAAAUUCAAAAAUACCUGUUAAGUCGCCACCCCAAAUUGUGGUCAACGUUCAAAAGCACAACCUUUCCUUAUGUUCGGCUUCUCCGGGUCUCUUAACAAAAAGGAAAUAGAAGAUAAAAUAUAUAAACAGGAUUCUGGUUGAAUAUGUAGUACAGGGAGGGGUAGGCAAUGUUUGGUACGAUGUUCUUGACUACAUCUCCCUUGUUCAUUGAUAACAUUAUGGGAGAUGCAGUCUGUAACUUCUGGCGUGCUGAAGGUUGCCUACCUCUGGUGUAGUGUUUAACUAGAAACAUAUUGUAGAUAAGGUUCAAACAAGAUGAGAAAUAAAAGGCACAUCAACAAAUUCUUCAUAGACUUGUACUGUAGGUAACAAAAAUAAAAGAUAUUUAUUCAAAGAAUCACUUUCACAAGCAUAUGUUUAAAAAAAAAAAAAAAAAAUAGCUUCCCAUUUGCUACCUUUUCUGUGAACAGUAUACAAAUGGAAAGUCCUGGUCCAUUUAGUUACAAACAAACAAACAGCGCAAAAAAAUGACAAAACCUCUAAAUACAAAAAUGUGCUAUAUGAUUUUGUCCAUUUGCAUUGAUUUCCUUAAUGACAGGUGAAGCAUAUAGAUAGGAGGACUAUAUCUAUCUACAUAUCCUUUCGACAAAAAAAGUAUUCUUCAAACCUCCACCCUUGUCAAGAGUUCCAUGUGAUUUCACUUUUUUAAUUUUAAAUUCACUUUUUUUGCAUUUCUAAUAAAUCUCACCCUAUGUUUGGGCAUGUUCGAUGUUACUUUUUAAAGGGGAGCAUCCGCGGAAAAUGUCUCCAUCCCCUUGUUUUUUAUCAUAAGUUCCAAGGCAAGUCUAUUUUUCUUAUUAUUUUUACAUAUUUGCCAUGCUUAAUUUAUGUAAAACUGUAACCGUCUGUCAUGGGCUGGUGGGGUUUGUAGUUUUACUUUCCGCCACAGUUCUUCUUGGGACAUGGGGUGACUUUAGUUCAGUAAGCUAAUAGCAAACACACUGUUUGUUUUUGUAAACUGGGCUGUGUGAUGUCAUCUGUCAAAGCAAACUGCUGUAGCUAUUAGCUAACCUGGACAAAGAGACGGGUGGCAGAGUACUCUCUAUUCUGUAACCUAUGUAGUGAUGCAAAGUUGUUAUGAUGUUUAAGCAACCUGUGCAUGGAAUAUUUAUUAAGGAUACCAUUUGUGAACUUCCUGUUACGUGAUGGGUUUGAAUUGGGGUUUGCAGAUCUACUAUAUAUUCCUGGACACACACAUACCUUCUAUGUUAGCGUUUUUAUUUUUUUGUGUACAAUGCGUAGGAAUGCAAAUCGAUGAAUGAAGAAGGGCACCGAAGGGAUUUGAUUAAAGAACCAAUUCCUUCCUGCUACUUUUUAUAAGCUGCCCUUCAACUUGAAGAAUUAAUUUUACAUCCGGAAAGGCAUUGUGGAUCUUUGUGAUCGUAGCUAGGACAUUUGAUGGUUUGCCAACCCAGCUCUGGCUGACAUACGUGUUUUGUAGAAGAUAUUUCUACAACAGGCAACUUAUUCUGGCAAUCCUUUUCUAUUCCUCUCUAGUGGCAAUGACUCAAGCUGUUGUCUUCAUCCAAUGUAUUUUCUCUCUCAUCAUUAUUUAUUUGCUUUUCUCACUAUAUACAUAAAUUGUUCACCAAUUCUCCUCGUUCUUAGUCUAUUUACAGCGCCAGAUAUGUUCAGUAAGGAACUUUCUUUGGACAGAAACAAUUAAAGGGUAGGUUUUAAGAGCCUUGUCUUAAAUUCACAAUCUAAGGGGAUGGGGAAGCAGGCUCAGAAUUACUAAACGCUCAUGCUCUGUUUAGGUGUCUGGUCAAGCUCUGGGGCCAAUUUUCAGGUCAAGUAAUGCUAGGGGGCCUGAUUGGGCAGAUAGAGAUCAGACUGCAUUUAAUAGCGCCCAAGCCCCUAAAAAGAACAAAACAGCUUGUCCAUGGCUGCUUACUUGCGAAGCUGCACUGGGUUUGGGAGGAUGUGCUUACAAGGCACUUCCGGUCGGUUUCCUGACUCCACUCCAAAAGUCGGAGAGCUGGAAGUUCCUAAGCAGGAUCAUCUAUUGGCACUCUUGAACUAAAGCCUGGAGUGAAAUAAACUAACAGAAGUUCCUGCUCUCUGACAUUAGUGUUGUGUCGUGGAGCCUUGACCAGCAGACCCAAGGUCAGAAGUCAAACCGUCAAAAAAAGAAAUUCUAAACUACUUUCAGUGGGACGGGGGACGUGCCAGGACACUUGUGGCACCAUCACUGCAGGGAGUUGUAAUGUGCUUGGAGUGUUCCGUUAUUCCAAGUGAAUCUUAAUUUUUAGGCAUACUGAAAACAGCUGACGUGGAGUAUAUAAAUUUUUAUUUUUAUUUAUUUUAUUUUUUUUUUUUCAUUUUGGCCUAAAUUUUGUAACUUCUUUUGAAGACACAACAAUUUACCCAUGAGCGAUUUAACCAUGAAAUUGUUUUUACAGAAGUGGAGCAGGGAGAGGAUGAUCUGAUAAAAGUGAAGUUUCCUAGGUUCUGAGAAGGGCAGAGGGAGUAGAUUUGUUCACAUUGUAUUUUGAUGGAAUGAGAUACCAGUAAAUGCUAUGCUUAAAGGAACACUUAAGGCACACAAAGCACUUGCUAGAGCGCGCCUGCCUUCCCCCCCCUCCCCUUCUCAAUUUGCUGUACUACUAAUGGAGUGCAGCCCCAUUGCAGAGGCUUCUCGAUGGGAAGCCUCUGGUGCUUCCCCAGGUACAGACGAGGGGGGGCAGGUAAGCAGUGUUUGGAAGCUGUUUUUUCAUAAGCCCCCAAAGUAAACAUGCAGAAAAUAAUAUCUGUAUGUUUUCUUUGGCAGUAGAACUACUAGAUUGGUAAAAAUAAUUACAAAAUAAAUCAAUGGAGUGAUGUUGGUGAGAUAACUGCAUGCUGGGUGUCCGGAAGGCCUACAAUAUCAUACUCACUCUAGUCAAAUUGGGAAAUGAAGAGGAAGUGAAUUUGAGUUUUGAGGUUCCCUUCUCUUCCUUCUAUUCAGGAGAUGAGCCUACAACUAUUUAUUCUCUCGACCUUUUAGGCAGGCAGUCCAUCUGACUCAGAGUAUAGACUGAGAAUGAUAGGAGUUGUAGUUUAGUCACAGCUGAUAUAUAUGAGUUGCAUUUAAUAACAAAGUAUUCUCGACAUACUCUAACUCCUUAAUCUGCUACUGAACCUUCCAAGUCGAACAUCUGACAUUAAUUGCUUCCUGUCAUUUUGGGGCCCAGUUUUUAUUGACCCCCCCCCCCCUUUAUUGAUUGACGUUGUUCAGGGUAUUGUAAUACAUGCGCAUUGCUAUCUGACACUGAGAAGGUUAAACCUUCUUAUCUUUUAUUUCUUUCUCAUUCCGUCUUUCUUCCGUUCUCACUGGUUUUCUCCUUCGCUUUUUUUUUUUUUUUGUCUGUUUAUCAUUAACGUUGCCAAACCACAUUUUGAAGCUUUGCCUGCAACCGUCAUUUUAAAGUGUCCGCUGCACGCUAUAGCAAACCAAGCCAAAGUUUAUUAGAUGUUUUAUAUUCUGAAUACAGAAUAUGUGUGUUCACUUUGUACUGCCCUUCUCCACCCCUCCCCACAGCUUUGAAGCUCGCUGUUUAGUGAAAAAAUAACUUGCGAACCGAAAUGCAAAAAUACAUUUGGACAAAAAAGCCAGCUUAGCCGAGUUGCAGAUAUUGUUCUUUUGUUCCAACCUCUUUUUUUGGCCUUAAUUCUUGGACAUUUUAAGCGUGUGAAUUCACUAACCUCUCAAUUGUAGUCAGUUGAAAACCAAAUUGAACAUUUCAUGUUAAAACAGCGUAUUUAUCAUUUUUAUUUUAUUUAUUGCAAAUCACUCCAACAUGGAGUUUAGUAAAUAGCCCUGUCACUGUUUUUUAGCAGAUAUCCCUUUUGCCAAUCAUUGAUUAUGGGGAUGUAGUAUCUGCAUCGUAAUCCCACAUUAAUAAACUCAACACAUUGUAUAACUUGUUCUGCCGAUUUGUGCUACAAAGUAAUUCCAGGACCCACCAUUGUGACAUGCUAAAAGAACUAAACUGGCUGUCGCUGGAAUCCAGACGCACCCUUCAUCUUUCCAGCCUUGUGUUUAAGAGCUUUUCUGGGGAAACUCCCACCCUACCUGAACACAAUGCUUUCCUCAGCUGUUCCCACUUCCUACAACCUACGAUCCAGUACAAGCACUUUACUUAGUCUACCUCAAUACAAGAAGAAAGCGGCCCGAUCCUCCUUCUCCUACCGAGCGCCGCAAUUGUGGAACGACCUCCCGCACACUUUAAAAUCUUCCCUAAGACUAAAGUCAUUUAAGAGAUCCCUCUCUACAUACCUCAAAACAGAAUGCACCUGUCAUGGUUGAUUAUAUAUUUCCUGCCUGUUUUAUGUUAAAUAUUGUAUUUAUUGUGUAUUAAUAUUGUUUUUGUAUUUUAUUGUACCCUAAUUGUAACAAUGCAAUGAUUUGUGGACCCAGGACAUACUUGAAACCGAGAGAAAUCACAAUGUAUCUUUCCUGGUAAAAUAUUUUAUAAAUAAAUAAUGUCUUAUCUACUUAGACAACCUCACAUGACUAUCUUAUGACACAGAAAUUGCCUUUAGGGACCGAAAAAGAGAAGAGAGGUAAUAGUACUGCUGUGGACUCUGAUUGCUCUGCCUGGGAAUACUGGGAUUUGAAAUAGCUGGAGGGUUAGAAGUCUCUUUUUGGGAUACCACAUGGGGAUAAUAAAAUAAUGCAUGCUUGUCUGCCAAGUUGGAUGUUACUUGACUCAUGUAAGUGCUGUUUCAGUUUAGCAUAACAGACAUCUCCCAGCAUGCAAUAAUCUGACGCCUACAGGAGGAAUCCGGUCAUUCCAGCUAGGUGAGGCAGGUAAACAGUGCACCUGUGGAGGAGGGGUAGGGGUGUGGAAAGUAAAAAGAAAAGGGGAGGUGUGGGUUGGUGAGACAAGGCGAGACGUAAGUGAGGCGAUGUCGUGGGUAAGAGUGGAGGCAGGGAUUGGCUCUAGGGUUUUUAAGGAGAUAUACUAUAAAGACUUAAUGUUUGCGACAAUUUGUCUGGCUUUGGACAGCAGACUUUUUGUAAUCUAAAUACAGUUCAGAGAGAGCUGCCAGUCCUUUUUGUAUUUUUUUAUUUUUAUUUUUUUUUAAAUGCUUAUUCAGUCAAAAUAUAUAGUAGGGCUGACAGGCUCUGAUUAAUAUCACAUUUUGGGCCAAGUCAAAUCUUGGUUGAAAUAGGGAAGAAAAUACACGCAUUAAAUAAGUACUCUAAUUGGCUGAAAAUAAACAAGCAAGCUGUUUUUUUUUUUUUUCAAACUAACAUCUAAUUUGAAGACAAAGUAAACAGAUUUUCCAACAAUAUGAAUUUGGGCUCAGGAUUUAAUCCACACACUUUUCUGUCAAAAUAAGGUUUAAAAUAACUAACCAGGAAGGGUGUCCCUAAAGAUCCCAUAAAAUGACCAGGAAGGAUUUACUGGGCCAAUUCCAUCUUGGUCCCUCAGCCCUUGUAUGGAAGCUGAGAGGUUAACAAAAAAAUGUUUUGGUCACAGCACUCUCGCAAUGCAAGCAUUGUCCCCUUGCAGACCCUUUAAAUGAUUGGAGCUCUGCUAUUGGCUGGCCCUUCACCCGAUGUGUGAGGGGUUAGACUAAAAAAGAGAUUCACUUAGUUUGUUUGCUCUGGUAUUCUGUUAAUCUACUGUUGUUGCCGACAACGUAUCUUUCAAAUUCUAUCCAUAUUCAUGAUACUUUAGUUUUAGCUACAGCUUCCAUCUAUCUGCUCCCAAGUAACAUUUCAUGAAGUCUAACUACCCCAUUUUGAUGACCAGGUAUUUGCCCAAAGAGGUGGUUUUAUCAGAGUUUAUACAAAUGUUUAAACAGCAAUUGGAUGAAUACUUGCAAAAAUCACAAUAUUCCAGGAUAACUUUUUUUCAUUCGUGGGGUAAUCGCUUCUUGAUCCAAGGACAGAUCUGACUGCCAUUCUGGAGUCAAGAAGGAAUUUGUUUCCUCUAGUUUGUUGCAAAAUUGGAAGCGCUUCAAGCCUUUUUUUUAUUUUAUUUUUUAUCAACCGCAAAAAACCGAUGGGAGAAAGGCUGAACUUGAUGGAUGCCUGUCUCUUUUCAGGCUAGGCAACUAUGUACAAAUUGAACACACACCAUCUGAGUGUCUGCUUUGCCACUGAACGAUCUCCGAUAUGGUUAAUGUUGCAAGUUUAGGACUUUCAUAAUGCUUGCAAAGUUUUUUUUUUGUUUGUUUGUUUUUUUUCUCAAUUAGCGAUGUAAACUUUAUAAAACGUGUAGGUGACCAGCCAACCCAUAACAGCAGUGUAGUGAUAGUUUGCAUCUAUACGUUAAUUGCACAGAGCUAUAAGCAAACCUCUUUUACAACAAAAUGUAGUCUAUAUAUGUGCUUGCAUUUAUAGCUUGCUCAAUCUGCAGGAGAAACACUAUAAGCACAACAGCAGAGGGGGCAGUCUAUGGGUGAUGAGGGGGAGCCCCGGUUUACAUCAAAUUGCUCUGUAGCAGAAAACGCGAGGACUGUACCCAUAUGCUAAUUGCACCAUAACCACCACAGUGAACUGUAGGGGAUAUGGUGCUUUUAGUGUCCUUUUUAUGUGCGGCUGUCUCAUGUUUUCCUUAGUCUUUUUCCAAAUUCCUUUGUAGUAAUGUUGCAUUCUGCACUACUGUAUUACUGUGCAUCACUUUUUUAUUUGCAAACCUUAAGAUUCUGUUUUCAGCAACUUUUCAAGGUCCUUCAUAAGCAAAGAAUAUGCAGAAGGACACAAUCUUUCCUUAGCAUUGUCUACAUACAACUUGUGUCCAACUUUCAAAUGUUUCAUUUUGUGUUUUAUAAUUCGUUCUAGUCCAGUAGUAAUGGCUUUUCUUAGACCUCUGCCCAUAACUUAUUUUGGGGAAAGCAUUUAAGCCCAUUUGGAUCGGAUUCAAUGAUUCGCACAAUAUAAAUAUGACUCCUAAAAUAAACCUAUAAUAUAUUGUAACUGUAUGUACAGUGAGUAUGUUGUGAAUAAACCAUUAUUUAUUCACUAAAGUUCGAAUUUUGGGGAAUACAAAGUGCAUUCAGAGUAAAUAUUAAUGGACCACUAAAGUCACCCAGUUCACUUCAUCUCAAUAAAGUGGUCUGGGUGCAGUGGACCUUGGUUUUAUCCCUGCAUUCUAAAACAUUGGCAAUAUGUAAAUGUUAAUGAUUGCAGGGUUGAACACACCUCUGGUUGCAGUUGUCAAGACUGCCACUAGAGGCGCUUCUGCUGAAUAACCCAGUCAAAUUGGUUAUUCUGUCAAAUGCUGCUCAUAGAGAUUUAUUUGAUUGCUGUGUAUGUAUAUUAGCCUCUGGAUAAUGUCCUGUUGGGCAACAUUAGAUUGGGGAACAUCAAGAUCAUUCAUCGUGAUGAUCUCUGCCAGUGAGACUGGGUGACCAAGGCGAGACAUGCGUUGUUGAUGAGAAAAGGAAACUCAACCUUUACCGUGGGUGAGAGGGGCUUUGGGGUUGCAGAUGACGAAAUAGUUAGGGUAAUACUAUAGUGUUCCUUUAAAGGGACACGGUAGGCACUGUAUCUGCUUCAUCUCAUUAAACUGGUUAUAGUGUCUGGAGUCCUCUGGUACCAUCAUUUCUUUCAGCAUUAAACAGUUUUUAAAGUUUUAAUGUUUUAAUGCUAAACAAGUGUCAUAGGCAAUCCAUCCCCUCUGUGCUGCUUUGGCUAAUAAGGAAAUAUUAGCCUGAGCAGCAAUGGGCAGCUGUGAUUGGCUGAGAGUGUCAGCUGACUGCUUUUAGCCUGUCAGAGUUCCAACUGACGAUAUGAAUGGGUAUAACAAUAAGGAAGUGUGUAAUCUCUGCCUUAACUACACAUACUGAAGGGGCCGGACUGUGGGUGGCCAGGGACUCUUAUUUUGUGGCAUACUGCACAAACUUGGUUCAACACUGAAUGGAUGGACAAUGCCAGGCACUCCAGGCACUAUAACCAAUUCAAAGAGAUGAAAUGCUUAUAGUGACUACAGUGUCCCUUUGAAGCUAAAAAUUUGGAAUACAAAGUAGCUGAGAAAUUGGAAGAAUUCCAGUACGAUUUACAUUGGUCUUACUUUUGAAAUUCACAUAGAAUUCUCACAUUAGUGAAUAGCCCAGAUAAUGGCCUAAUUUAAACUGAUUCUUAAUGGAAUCGUCUACAUUCACUGGAUGGAUGUCUGUGACUUGUUCUUCCAUGAAAGCAUAUUCAUGAUAAGUUGGAGAGGCACAUUAAUGAUGUCACAUCGGAAGUAUCUUUGCAGGUUAGACUGUUACAUAUAGAUCGUAUGACAUGCAUUAAAUGAGUUAUGAAACUGCAUUUACAUCUGUGCAUUUAAUACAAUGUUUUUUUAUUUUUUAUUUACCAAACCAGGAAUUAUGUAUGGCAGGCUAUCAAACUAAUUGCAUUUUUAGCCCAAAAUAGCCACGCUGGAGAAUUUGUUAUAUUGUCCCAAUUUUCCUCUUCAUUUUUUGUCCAGCGUCCAGGGAUGCUCCCAGGAGGUAGGAUGCCAAUGCCAGGAAUGCCAGUGGGAUCCCCCAUGCUAAAUACAUAUGGUCCAGGGUCUCCCCUCAGGCCUGGGAUGAACCCCAUGUUGAUGGAGCCUUUCAGGAAGAGACUUCUUGGCCCACAUGGACAUCCGCCUGGAGCCGGACAGAGGAGGGGGUAUGUGUCACUACCAACACAUAAAGAGACAAAAAACAAUACUGAAGGUUACCUGUUUAUUUGUGUGUGUGUGUGUGUAUAUAUAAUAUAAUAUAUAUAUAUAUAUAUAUAAACAUACACACACAUGUCCCAGGUCCCAGCACUCAAUGCUCCCGGUCUUUUAAUGCUCUGGUGCUGUCUCCAGCCAAAUUGUAUACGAUACCAGUAGAGAGCACUCAGGAGUCUUUCAAGGUGAAUUUCAUCUGUUGAUCUAUUGAGCAAUUACAAAUUCACACAACGUUCCAGUCGACGUUUCCAUCUGUAAAAGACUUUUUUCAUGACAAUUGUGUAUGUGAGAUGGAUAAUGUAACAACGGAUCAGAGUGUUACACAUAGGGUUAACUUCAAUUUAUUACGUAAUUCAAACAUGUUUACAUCAUUAAUGACAUCACUCUGAUCCGUUGUUACAUUUCACCUGUUCACCUCCAAAUAGGAUCACUGCAUUUUUUGUAUAUAAGGUAUCCAUAUCACAUAAACAAUUGUCUUGGAAAAAAGUAUUUUACAGACUGGAACGUUGUGUGAAUUUGUAAUUGCUCAAUAAAGCAACAGAUGAAAUUUACCUUGGAAGACUCCUCAAUGCUCUCUACUGGUAUUGUGUGUGUGUGUGUGUGUGUGUGUAUAUGUAUAUGUGUGUAUAUAUGUAUAUGUGUGUAUAUAUAUAUAUAUAUAUAUAUAUAGAUAUAUAGAUAUAUAUAGAUAUGUAUAUUACAAUGUUAAACAAAAAUCUACACACCAGUCAACCCAUAAAACUUGCUUUUCCCACAGAAAUCACAAAUUUGCAGUGAUGUUACUACCGCAAAGGAUUCUGGGUGGUCAUAUGCAAAUUUAGUUUAACAAAGAAUCACAUUUUUUUUGCCUCAUUCCAUUUUAAAGGAACACUAUAGUCACCUAAAUUACUUUAGCUAAAUAAAGAAGUUUUAGUGUAUAGAUCAUUCCCCUGCAAUUUCACUGCUCAAUUCACUGUCAUUUAGGAGUUAAAUCACUUUGUUUCUGUUUAUGCAGCCCUAGCCACACCUCCCCUGGCUAUGAUUGACAGAGCCUGCAUGAAAAAAAAACUGGUUUCACUUUCAAACAGAUGUAAUUUACCUUAAAUAAUUGUAUCUCAAUCUCUAAAUUGAACUUUAAUCACAUACAGGAGGCUCUUGCAGGGUCUAGCAAGCUAUUAACAUAACAGGGGAUAAGAAAAUCUUAAAUAAACAGAACUUGCAAUAAAGAAAGCCUAAAUAGGGCUCUCUAUACAGGAAGUGUUUAUGGAAGGCUGUGCAAGUCACAUGCAGGGAGGUGUGACUAGGGUUCAUAAACAAAGGGAUUUAACUCCUAAAUGGCAGAGGAUUGAGCAGUGAGGCUGCAGGGGCAUGUUCUAUACACCAAAACUGCUUCAUUAAGCUAAAGGUGUUCAGGUGACUAUAGUGUCCCUUUAAACAUGGAUUCCUUUGAGUCUGUGUUUGCUGUAUACAACAGCUUUGAAACAACUUAUAUUUUUAUUAUUCUUAUUAUUGUAAUAAGUUGUACUCUGUAAGUUUGUGCCACUCCUUCCCAACCUGUAAAGUUAUUUGCUAAAGUGUGAAUUAGCUAGAACUGAAUUUCAAGAUUUUUGAGCCAAAAUAGCUAAAUUAUAUUUGAUGCAGAAAAGUAUUGACACUUAUCCUAAUACACAGAGAUGAAUGGAGUGAUAACGAUGCUUCAGUACGUACUGACAGAUGUCCUAAUAUAGAGAGGUGGGAUGGGUGACGGGGGGAAAAAAAAUAAAGUAUUUCUAACACCCCUGUAGUGAGUGUAUGUUUUUAAUUUGUGUCCUGUUCCGGUCUUGCAGAGUGAAGAGAAGAAAGAUGGCUGAUAAAAUUCUGCCACAAAGGGUAGGUUACCUGCCACUGUUUUUCUUAAAUCACACGGCAGCUUUGAACUCCGUGUAAUUACCAGUGACUUUUAGGUCUCAAUCCUCUCAACCCAUAUCAGUCCUGUGUCCUAGGAAAGGGGGAGGCUGGAAGACAAAGGCACACAUGGGGUUAUUUAUAAUUCCCUUUGCUCUCCAUAUGGAUAGCCAACCUUUCUUGUUCUUUUUCUGAUCUUUAAUUUUGAUCUCCCUCUUUGGGCAUGCUCAUACUAAUUGUGCUGAGCAUGAUUCAACUGCCAGAGUUUCCUGUCAUUUUAUUUCUUUUAUUACUGCCAUUUAUUCAGCACAAACCUAUUUUGCAGCCACGUACAAUUGAGGGGAGUGGGAACAUACAAUAUACACACACCGAUACAAAAAGGUAAAGAAGUCCCUGUCUGUGAGCUAAGAUCUGGCCAUCUGAAGCUUUUAUAUAAAGUGCCUAGUUGGAUAACCCAUGAACUAACAAUCUAUAGGAGAGUGUGUAUGUUAGACUAAAGGUGGAUUUUAGGAGCUGCAGUUCUUUAUCAGUUAGAAAUCUUUCCAUUGUCACAGAACUGACCUGACAAAAAUAGACCAGCUCCCGUAGGAAGUACCACUGUGAACUGACUGGUAAGAAAGGUUCUACAUUGUCAAAUCAAACAUUUACCUAGACCGUGGUAGCCAACAGAUACCACUCCCACUGUUUUUAGUACAUCCCCGAUGAUGCUUGAUGAUACAGGCUGUCUUAGUUGCUGUGCUACAAAGCAUCAUGGGAGUUGUAGUUCCAGGAAGGGGAUCUGUGUGCUGCCCUGAUUUAAAUGGGAGCUAUCAAUUGUGAGAGUAAGUCUGUUAUAAUUAUGGUUUUGUCCGUAAGGGGGGUCUGAUAUUUAUCACACACUGUCCAUCCAAGCCAUAACACACUAUUUAAUGUGUCUUUUUUUCCUCAUUCUCCAGAUCAGGGAGCUGGUUCCAGAGUCUCAGGCCUACAUGGACCUCUUGGCAUUCGAACGAAAAUUAGAUCAGACGAUCGCAAGAAAGAGGAUGGAAAUUCAGGAUGCUAUCAAGAAGCCGCUCACAGUAAGAAUGAUGACAUUGAAUGAGAGGAUGAACAAAUUACAGCUUAAAGGGACACAACUUUAAUGCAUUUGAUAGAUUUUGGCCUCAUUAAUAUAUUGCAUUUGUAUUUGCAUGCUCAAAUCGUUAUAGUCUUUGCACAAAAUCAACAAAUGUUUUGCAUAAUGCUGCACCAUAAACCUACCUUUGAUGAGGAAGUCUUUUUCUGGUUUUAUUGGGCGUGGCUAAAAAGGGCAGGCUUGUGGUGCAGUGUUCCGCAAAACAUUUAUUUAUCUUCAUGCAGAAACUAAAAAGAUUUGAGCAUGCAAAUAAAUACAGCAUAUCCGUGAGGCCAAAACCUAUCAAAUGCAAUAAAGUAGUAUUGGUGCCCGGAGUGUCCCUUUAAUUAAACACCCAAACUAGAAUGCCAUAAAUAAUCAAAAGCAAUGUUCAGAACUGCUCCACUUUGCCCGCAAGGCAAAAAUAGUAGCCAAAAAAUUAGGAGGAAAAAAAAUAAAUCAUGUGUUUCAUCGGUUUAUGGGAUGUAAAGAAAUUCUUGUCUACCUGAUAACUGCUGGUUCCCUUAGUCUUAUUUUAUGAAAGUGCUGAUUUCAAAAGAAACCAAACCUUUUUAUAAAAGUCCUAGUUGCACUCUCAGCUCCCAGCAUGCGGGUCACCCGUCCUAGGAGAAGCAUUGUAUUGGUGCAUGCGCAUUAGGUCCCCAAAGCUUUUCUGUUAAGGGGAAGCAUCUAAAUCUAAAACGGAAAAUUUUAUUUUUAACAUUAGAAUGUCUCUUUAGCCAAAGAUAGCCUGCACAAGUUUUCUCGUUAUACACUUUUUCCUCUUUCAUAUCUUAAUAUGGUGAUUUAAUUAAUAGGCCUCCUACAUAACCCCAUGAUUAUUUAAAACAAACAGUGUUCAAGCCUUGACUAAUCCUGAGACUGCAGAAUAUGAAUCCAAAACUGUUGGAUGCAUGUGUACAUGACUGUGAUAUUUAUAACUGCUCCUUGAUGUGUUCAGACAUGACAUUAUAAAAAUGACAAUUUGUGUAGAACUUGAUGCUUUUAUUUGUAUCUGGCACUAACAGGAAAAGACAGGGAGUGACCAGAACAUUUAGCAUCCGAGUUUGAGGGACAGAAGAUCUCUAUCGGGUACUAGAAUAUGAUUUCUGGGGGAGAGGUGGGGUGGUUAUUAUUCUUGGAAAGCUUUCAAUGACAUUUGUGUUGUAAGGAGUGGAUACUGUUUUUUAUUAUUUUUAUUUUACCACUAUACUAGCAGUGUACUAGAACAAAGCUAAAGUUAUUGGGGUAUAAUGAGGUCCUUCCAGAGUGAGACUGAGCUCUUGGUAAAGAUGAUUAUAGACCAAGAAAUGACCUAUCCCAGGAACCAGGCAGAUUAGAUUCCAAACAUAUUAUUACUACUACUUCCUAUUUUAUAUAGAAUAUAUAGAUUAUACGUGUAUCCUUGCAUUAGAAAAAUUGCAACAACCUCUGCUCCAGAAUUCUGCAAAUGUGCCAACACUUUUUUUUUGUUAGACUUGAGGGUUUUUUUUUGUGUUUUUCUUUUUUUCUUUCAGCAUUUAUUACUUUGUAACUAUAACCCGUGACAUUGAAUUAUUCUCCCUUAAACUAGCUAGACAAGAAUAAUGUAAAAUACAAACACACGCAAUACAGUUCACAGUAAUAAACUUGGAAGGGAUAAUGACAAAUACCAUCAGUGACAGAUGGAGACAGAUGCUGUGAAGAGACAAUACAUUAGUCCGGUUAACAUGAGUAAGCUAGAGGAGACAUUGUCUGCGACUGACAAAGGCAGAACGGUCUCGGAGUGGCAAUAAGAGAAUUGCACAGACCUUUAAGGGCCUAUAAGAGAGUAGCAUCCAAGUGAACGUGGUUAAUGAGGAAUAAUGGGGAAUUAGAACUAGAUGGACAGAAACAAAAGAUUAGAGUCCAAAUUGGUGUAUGCAUAUUCUGUAAAGAGACCGCUUUAUCUCCUGAGGGAAAGGGAAGUUAGCCUGAGUUUGAGUAAGUGGUUCGUGGGGGGCGGGGGGCUUUAAAUACGAUCACCCCUGUCCAUUGCCUCUUGUCUCAAUAGGGAUGCCCUCUAAUCUUCUAUGUUUUAAUUUGUCCAUUGUCACCCUGUCUAUUUUCCUCCUUUCACUUUAUUUUAAUCUAGGUAUUUUCCUUUUAGUCAUACCUACAGCUGUCAGGGCACACCUCAGACCACAUCUCAUUCAUUUAACUAUGUGCAACUUUCUCAUCUGAUUGUUUCUUGUCCGUGCCCAUGUGUGUGUUCCUGAGGAGUUCAUUUGUUUAUUCCCUGGGCUAGUGCUGAAUUAAAUCCAUUUUUACUAAUGAGACAGACCGAACCCACUCCGUCUGUGAUUCAGAAUUGCUAAUGGUGUUCUAAUGUGACUGUGUCUUUACAGCAAAAACGCAAACUGAGAAUUUAUAUCUCAAACACGUUCACACCUGGAAAACCUGAUGGGGACGAGGGAGAGAGAGUGAGCGCGUGGGAGCUGCGGGUUGAAGGGAAGCUACUGGAAGAUGUGAGUGAACAACCAAUGGUAAUGGUUACAGCAAAUAAAUUCGUGGCUGGUUCUGCUCAAUAUAGCUUCAGGGUCUUGCUGUGAGGACUGGUUACCCGUUGGGUGAUCUUCAUUUGGCCGGUGGGAGGUGAAAUAUUGGCCCUAAUGUGACAAAGUUGACUGUAUAUAGUCAUUGUUGUGAGGGGGUUGGUUGUGAUGGACACUUUGCUGUCCAGCUAAGCUACUUAUGAUGGUUUGGUUUUUCACGUUUGGUUGAAAUCCUCUUGGCUUUUGGCUGCACUGAAUGGCUCUAGAGUCUUACACAAUAUUUUUUUACAUUUCUUAGCCUGGCAAACUAAAGAGAAAGUUCUCAUCCUUCUUUAAAAGCCUUGUUAUCGAACUUGACAAAGAGUUGUAUGGACCGGACAACCAUCUGGUGGAGGUGAGACAAAAUAAUCUUUAUUCAAAAUCUAACAGAGCUUAAAAGGACACUGUAGGCACCAUAAGCGCCAAAGAUGUGGUCAUGGUUCCUAUAAUGUCCCUUUUAAUAAAAUCUAAAAAUUCCAACUCCAUAGAACCAUAUUAUGAUGACAAGCAGUUCAUGUCUAUGAGACCGAGUAGGGAUUAACCUGUAUUUCUUUUUAGUGGCAUAGAAUGGCCACCACUCAGGAAACAGAUGGUUUUCAAGUGAAGCGACCUGGAGAUGUGAAUGUGAAGUGUACCCUACUGCUAAUGCUGGAUCACCAGGUAAGUGGAGAAGUGUAGUGGCGACAAACCAGAAUCUUUGGUGUACUUUGCCAGAGUUAUGAUUACAAAUUGGUUGAAUGAUGCGGCUAGGCAUAUACUCUUAAAGGCACACUGUAGUCACCUGAACAACUUUAGCUUAAUGAAGCAGUUUUGGUGUAGCAGCCUCACUGCUCAAUCAUCUGCCAUAGGAGUUAAAUCCCUUUGUUUAUGAACCCUAGUCACACCUCCCUGCAUGUGACUUGCACAGCCUUCCAUAAACACUUCCUGUAAAGAGAGCCCUAUUUAGGCUUUCUUUAUUGCAAGUUCUGUUUAAUUAAGAUUUUCUUAUCCCCUGCUAUGUUAAUAGCUUGCUAGACCCUGCAAGAGCCUCCUGUAUGUGAUUCAAAAGAAACCAAACCUUUUUAUAAAAGUCCUAGUUGCACUCUCUGCUCCCAGUUCAAUUUAGAGAUUGAGAUACAAUUAUUUAAGGUAAAUUACAUCUGUUUGAAAGUGAAACCAGUUUUAUUUUCAUGCAGGCUCAGUCAAUCAUAGCCAGGGGAGGUGUGGCUAGGGCUGCAUAGAGAGAAACAAAUUGAUUUAACUCCUAAAUGACCGUGAAUUGAGCAGUGAAAUUGCAGGGGAAUGAUCUAUACACUAAAACUGCUUUAUUUAGCUAAAGUAAUUUAGCUGACUAGUGUCCCUUUAAUGUGGCUCUGUAGGCCUGAGAAAACAGAUAUUGUCCUGAGUACCUCUCUAAAGGGGAUAGCUUUAUGGAGGAAAGCAUUCUUUAAAUAGGCUGCUGAAUUCUAAAAACUGAAAAUAAAAUAUUUUUAAAGUAGCAAUUAUUCUACAGUUCUAAGCUGGAUGCAGGUUAAGUUGUGAUUAUACAAAGCUCACUAGAAAAGGACAGACCAUUGUGAUAGUCUGCUCAGGCAGGUAGUUAGGGUUCAUCUGUUGGGUAUCUAUGUCUGAGUAAAUAGGUUGCGCAAACACUCCACUGUUGUGUGUAAUGGAGGAUUUUUUUUUUUUUUUCAUUCUUUACAAACCUACCUUUUUGUUUUUGUUUUUAAAGCCUUCCCAGUACAAGUUGGACCCCCGUCUAGCACGUCUUCUAGGUAUUACCACUCAGACUCGUGCCAACAUAAUGCAGGCUCUGUGGCUGUACAUCAAGACCAACAAACUGCAGGACAGCCAUGAGAAGGAACAUAUUAACUGCAACCGCUACUUCAGACAGGUAGGAUAGGCAUGGAAUCUUCAGUGGAUCUUUCUACAUAGUGUCAUCUCAGACUUGCCUCCAUUACGUAGGCCCUUUUUACCAUCAACCUCUCAUUAUCAGUUGUACUACUUUCUAAAUUGCUGAACCUCCAAUGACUCGUCCAGUAACACAUGACCUGUCGCACACCGAUCUCUUUUAGAGGUGACUCUUUCUCCUAUAUUCCUCCUUCACUUGUUUAUAAAUAUUAUCCCCAUUAACCUCUGCUUCCUUUCACAGAUCUUUAACUGCGUCCGCAUGAGAUUUUCAGACAUUCCCAUGAAGCUAGCAAGCCUCUUGCAACAUCCGGAUCCCAUAAUAAUCAAUCACACCAUCAGGUGAGUCUGAUAUAGGCAGAAUUUUAUUUUUUUCCCACUCUUGUGCUCUAGGCUUAGAUUAAUGCUUGUUAUAAUAAGGACAGUAUAUCUGAGCCACGUAAACUGCUUGAAUCCAUCACUAUAGGUUCCUUUUUAUCUUCUCCUAGCGUGGAUCCUAAUGACCAGAAGAAGACAGCUUGCUAUGACAUUGAUGUUGAAGUUGACGACCCCUUGAAAGCACAGAUGAGCAGCUUUCUUGCAUCUACGACCAACCAACAGGAAAUCGCCAACCUGGAUUCCAAGGUUCGAGCCAGCUCUUGCUUCCUGCAACCCAAAAUCAGGAAUCAGACCCUUAGACCAUCUGAUCAUCUAUGUUUAAUUAACCAGCAAUGAGGGACCCUGAAAUGUGACUUGCAUACAAUUCAGCCUGGUUUCAUACUUUCAAAGCACAUUUGCCUUAUUUUAAAGAGUGAGCUGCUUUUUGCAGUGUUCUUUGUGUAGCAGCUUUGACAACACUCAAUUUUGAUUAAGAUAAAAAAGACAUAUAUAGAAGUUUCAGGCUUGCACAGUAACAGUAAAAAGCAUGUAGUUCACUGUACAUAAACAUUUUCAGACUGUCCUACCACUGCAUUACUCUGCAUUCUCCAUAACCUUCAACUGAAUCUAUGCUAGUAGAAUGAAGUACAAAGAUUAUCAAGGGGCAAGUUGUAAAAAUCACUGGAUUGUGUCUACCUCUUGUUACAUUAUUGCAUUGCGUUAUCCAAGGUUAUUAGACGUGUGUCAGUUAUUGUCUUCUGCAUCAAUGAAAUGUGAUUUAACUCGCUGCACUGCUUUUUCAGAUCCACGAGACCAUUGAAUCUAUCAACCAGCUAAAAACACAGAGGGAUUUUAUGCUGAGCUUUAGUAACGGCCCCCAGGAGUUCAUCCAAGACUGGAUGAAAUCUCAGAGUAGGGACCUAAAGGUGAGCUGUGUUUUGAUAUGUUAUCACGAUUGUCAUAUAUUACGGACACAGCAUGGAAAGAUAUGAUCCAAGCGUUUCAACAUAGAUUUUGCAACAUUAUCAGCCAAUGGCUUCAGCCACCCAUCGGGACGAGGCUGUCCAAACUCUGCCCUUCAACUAUUGAUAAACUACAAUUCCCAUAGUCUUUUAGGCCUGGUAGUGAAUUUGGGGAUUUUUUUUAGAUCAAAGUGCUGUUAUAGGACACCGUGUGUCUUAAGCUAUUAAUUGAAAUUUGUAAUUCCACAGCAAUGAAAACGACUUGUUUUCUGAUAUCUUCUCUGUCACGUGCUGACCCUUUGAAAUGCCUACACUGCAUUACAAUGCUGCAUUGCACAGUAUUCAGGAGAUCCUGUCCACUGCUUUGUUUCUUCUUCUGCUGCCUCCUUGUGGACAGUUUGUAGAGUGACAGCUUACUAAGCCUAUCCUGGACACUCUGAAGCCAGUGCUAGUGAAUUCUGGUGGCACACAAGUAGAUUACAGUACGGUAUAAAUGUAAUCUGUUUUUCAGAUCAUGACCGAUAUGAUGGGAAACCCAGAGGAAGAAAGACGCUCUGAAUUUUAUGAACAGCCGUGGGCUCAGGAGGCAGUGGGGAGACACAUCUUCUUUAAGGUAGGGCUUUUCCUAGUGAUUUCAUAGAGAGAGAGAGAUUACAAAGUCAAUUAUGAUCUCUAUAUUAAUAUAUAUUUAUAUUUCUAAGGUUUUUGCUUUUUGUUUCCUUUUAAAUACAGUGGCUUUAUAUUAGUUAUAAGUGAUCUAAAUGCUAAGAAGACCGGUGUAAAAUUGACAUUAACCUGGAAAUGUAUUUAGAUUGCAUGCCAGUGCUAAUCAAAUUAACACUAUAUAUCAAACACAACUUAUACAUUUUAAAGCGGUUGUCCUAAAUAAUUAGCUGUAAUUGUGUAUGACCGAUUUUUUUUUUUUUAUAGUUUUUGCAAAAUUAAAUAUUUUUUUUGCAGUAUAUUUAAAGUAAGCUCUGCCUCCUCUGACCCAACUCCCUUAUUCUGGGUAACUUCCUGUACCUGUGUCCGCAUCCUUUUUGGUCCUUCCCUUCUAACCAGCAGUGUCUCAUAAAGAGUUCUAAAAGAAGCACAGCAAUGCUUUCUGGUUGUUGUAGUUCAUAGGUCGAAAGCUGCUCUCCUGAUUGGUCAUGCGCAUUACAGGGUUCUAAUAUUCUAAUGAGAAUUGAUUAUCUCAUAUGGAUAGAAAGAAGUGUGAAAAUUAUAAUUUUACAUAUUGAAUGCUUGUUUCUUUUAUUUUAGGUGCAGCAACGCAGACAAGAAUUAGAGCAAGUUUUAGGGAUCAGACUCACCUAAUUACAGUCCUGAAACACCAGCUGUUAAUCCCCAGAGCUCUUAUUCUCUGUAUUUUUAUAGAUGUUAUGGAAACAGCUGUGUCAGUUAUUGGUACGAUGUCCAAACUAUUUCUUACUUUUAAUUAACCACUGCCCUGAUGCAUCACUAGUUUGAAAUGUGUUGAGAUGGUAAAUAUCUCACUCCUAUUAUAUAGAAGUUAAUAUUUCCACCAAUUCACUAUUGCAAACCGAAAACAUGAUCUUGAGACUUGGAGUAGAACAAAGCAGAUACCUAGGAAUGGAGAAUGCAAUACUAUCAAAACUCAGGUUUAUUCUGGCAGCAGUACUUUAGCGGUGAAUUCACUGAAGACUCGCAAAGUUUAGUUAUAAAAUAAGAAUUUGAGGUUUUGUUGUUUUUGUUUUGUUUUUAAGCACCAUAACUCACUGUUUGUGAAUAAUAUAUUUAUUAGCACUGAAAUAAUUGACAGUGGAGUCCAUUACUACAAGGUUUUUCACAAAAGUGAGAAUUGUCAUUAACGAACAGUAACGGCAACGUGACUUUCAAAUUUUAGACCAAAAAAAAGCUGAGCUGGAAAACUUUCUUGGAAGUGAUUUUUAUUUUGGCUAUUUUUGGCCUUAAAUUUGAAAUUCAUUUUGUUCUCACUUGAGUAAAUAUCCCUGAGAGUAGCGAGUAGGCUUUUCUACUGACAAAUAAUUUCAAUUCUUCAUUGUUAAUAAAAUAUUAAAUGAUCAGGUGAUGGCUGACUGUGUGCGUCCCCUAGCAUUAGGAGGAUGUGGGAGCAGACAUCCAGCACCAUUCUUCUACUGAUUAAAACCAGCAGGAUGUACAUUGGGAUGUCUGCAAAGUAUUGCAGAACUGACAUGACGUACAUAGCAGGAAGCAUUCUGGGCUUUACUAGCCCAGCACUGUUUGAUUUGUGCUUUGGUUGGUGGCCUGAAAUUUCACUGCCCUCCAGUACCGGUCUGGCCUUCGGUGACAUUUCUCAGAAGACUGCAAUAUUUGGGGCCGGCGUGGAUACUGGAUGGAGGUAUUUGCAAGUGGUUCUAGGGUGAGAUGGGGCGUUUGUGACACAUUCGGGCUGUCAGUGGGGCAAAUAGGCAUAGUCUCAAUGAAGUGAUCUGGGUGCAUUGGUGUUGUCCUUUUUAAUCCUGCAGCAUUAAAUCCACCACUAGUGACUGCCUUCCUAACAGAGUCUAGAGGUACUUUUGCGGUGCUGACAGAGUAAAACUGUCAGGUGACACAGAAGCCCACAGGAAAUCGUUGAAUACAAUGCGUUCCUAUGAGGCUGUGCAUGCGCAUCGAGUCCCAAAUGCACCUCUGACGUUGUGGCAGACUGAGAGGUGAGCAGCACCAAGAGAAAAGGUAAAAUUUAAAAAAAAAAAAGCUUUAAUUUGAAAGGGGACAGAGACCACUAAACACCAGGCCCCUAUAGGGUUCUGAAUACAGGUUUGUAUUCCGAACGCUAUACUGUUCCUUUAAUGUCUGCUCAAAGCCACCCAUUAAAUGACUGUAGGAUUACAUAAAAGGACCAGGGAUUGGCUAAAUUUUUUUAGCCAGUUCCUGGAUCAAAUUGCUUGUCAUAGCUUCAAAAGACGUUCAACCGCAAUAAUGCAUUUAAAAGGUCAGUGUAGGCAGGGAGUGUUUUAUGUAACACAUGUUUGCACUGAUUACUAAAACUUUCCACAUCUUUAUUUUAUUUGCUUUUAACUCAGGAAACUCUCUGCAGCAAUUCUGUCCUCAAACUUGCACCUCCAGCUGUCAUACAACUUCUAUCAUACUAAUCUCAGACCCUUUAAUCGCUGUAUGAGGUGGCACUUCCUUUGCAUCGGACAGGCUGAAAACGUGAGUGCUGCUUUACAGCACCUAGUCAUGGGUAAUGCAAUAAAAUAGUCUGUGGAUGAUCCAGUCUCAUAACAUUUAAUAUCUUAACAUAUAUCAAACUCUGAUGCAAGUACUAAUCAUAAGUGUUUUUUGUAUUUUAUUUUAUUUUUUCCAGUUUAUUAUAUUUGCACUAAAUAUUCUGAGGUGUGGGGAUGCAUUAUUUUGUUUUUCUGCCGGGGUGGGAUUCUUCGCAUGCAGGGACAUCCUAUGAUAUAUAUUACACACACCAAGGACUUUGCACUAGUGUUCCGGCAAGUCUCCAGCAUUUGGGUACGGAGAACAAACUCUCUUUGCUGGUUCUACUUGUCAUCUUUCGCUGUACCAAUCUCUCCCACCUCCUCCAGUGAUACCCUAACAUAGGAGAAAACGCUGUGAACUUUCUUCGCUACAUGCAAAAAAAAAAAAAAGCACCACUGCAACUUCGAGCCAUGUUGAUUAUUCUCAGGGGAUUAACAUUUUAUCUAUGCAGAUACAAUAUUUGGGACCAAGUGCUCAUUUUUUAAGAAUUUGUGCAUGACUUUUUAUUCAGAAGUUAAGACACGAGUGAUAUUUAUACUAAUAAAAUAAUCCGGGGGUAAAGUUGUAGAAAGUAAAGGGGCUUUCAUACAAAUUGUUGUUGUUUAUAAAUAACCCCAGUUGUGUUCCUAACAAAGGUUUCUUCAGAUGUUUAUAUGUUUGAGUGUGAGAUGUUUGUUUUUAUAAUAAUGCAGGAAAUGUGUGUUAGCAAGCAGAACAAUGCACAUUUAUAGUAAAUUUGUCACCUGAACUCUUUAGUCAUGUUUUACCAUUGAUGAUUAUCUUUAUAAGUCAUGUUACAUUAAUUGAGGAAACGUGUAUGAUCACACAGGCUGACUGCAGUUUCCCAUGAUGCACAGGGAGGAACAUGUAGUUAACAUACACCUAAUAUUUUGCCAUCACUGUGUUGUGGCUUUUGGCUGCGCACGUUUCCCCAUGGAAGUAAAACAGGCUUGUAAAAGGGGCAUAUUUUAAUGCUAAUCCCAGCACGCUCCAUGAUUACGAAAAGUGAGUUGUAUCACUUUUUUUUUUUAGCUGUUAUACUAACUAUAUACAACCUCUGCACAUAAGAUUCCUCAUAAAAACCACAUGAAUAUUAAUCAAAGGAUUUGGUUUUAUAAAAGAAAACCACUUAGGUGUUUGGUGUUACACUUAAGUUAGAUUUUUUUUAAAUGCAUUUAUAGGUGACACUUUUACUAUAAAUUCUGUUGGUAACAGGGCUUCCGGUUUCCAUUCUAGGACUCUGAACAGAAUAGUCUGGUUAAAAUUGGAAUCCAGCCUCAGAAGCUGGAUCUAUGACGUGGGUCUGUCAUGUACAUAUGUCGUUAUUCAGCAGAGCUCACAAAGCACUUGUCAGACAUCUUUGUGGAGGUUUUUUCUUUAAUAUCCACAAUAGAGGGGGGGGGGGAGGAAGAAAAAAAAAUUUAAAUGUAAUAUCCCAAAGUCGGCAGAGGAGGUACCAAGAUCUUUUCUCUGCAACUCUUCACAGCCUUGUUAUUAAUUACUGAGCAAUUCACUACAAUGAAAAUUAAACACAACUGAUCCUUCAGUGAGCUCUAGUAAAUAAAGGCGACAUGUCCACUGAGGGAAAAUGCGCAAAGUCGCUUAGCCCUUAGUAUAACUUAAAAUGCAAUUUAAGUGGUGUGCUGUUUACAAGUAACGUGCUUUGGGAGCUGGGCUUGAAUUAUUUCAUUUAAUAAUAUUCUUUUGGCUAAUUGUUUCUUGUUAAAUAAAUAAAAGUCAAUUUUUAAAUGGUUUCUCUUGUUUAUUAAACAGACCUCAUGGAAUUGUUUUCAUCAGUAUUACAAACACAAACCCCUGGCAUAAUUUUCUAGAAACUGUAAAACAAAAUCCACAAUACCCAAACUGCUCACUGUUGCACAAAAACCUGAUUUUGGCUCGUGGGGAGUUUAAUUGAUUCUCUACCCAGCCUGAGACUAAGUAUAUGGGUUUCUGGCUUCUAGAUUAAUUUGAUAUAUAUUUAAGGACACAUGCUGAACGAUGUGUGAGAUCAGAGUAGAAUUCUCUUUGUGCUACCUCCCCCAGUUAAAAAAAGAAAAAGCACCUGCAAUGCUUUGCUGUUGAUUACAGGUCUCUCUGAGUUCGCAGGGGGUUGGCAACACUUGUAGCAAAGUCAAAAUAAGGGGCCUGAUACUCAGAACCGAGUUCCUAACAUUGAUUGGACAAGUUGGCAUCAGCUGAGCAGACACCGUCAAACUGAAGAUAUAUUUUGCAAUAUGACAGUAUCCGGUAAUUCCCGGCCCUUUUAUUUCCAAAGCUUCUUUAUAGACAUGUUCUUCUCGCUGUCUUUCUGCAUCACCUGCGGGUACGUGAAGAAAGAAUACAAGGAAAACAGGUCAGGAGCAGCUUCGUUAAACAGAACACUUGCACUUGAAUUAAAGAUAAGGCAUUAUUUUAUUUACUUUCCUGGUACAUAAUUAAAGUUACAUUUAUCCACUAGCAAAACCCCUGUACCUUUCACAAAAUAUAAAGUUCGCAUGCACUGCAGCAUUACAAAUCGCAUCUGGGGUAUUUCCUAAACCUCAUUAACUCAAGGACAAAUUACGAAGGUUUACCCAUAAGCUUCCCAACGCCUCAUAAACCUGGCACUGCAGUGUUCCCCUUAUUGGGAUUUUGUGGGAGAAAGUCCAUAAAAAUCAGCAGUGUCUAAAAUAAACUGUCCUAAAACCAGAGUAGAGAUAACUCAUGGAAACUUGUUUAAAAUUUGGAUUCAUUUUUUUUUAUUCAUCUUGAAAAACCUCUUACUUGACAUGCGUGUUAUCAUUAAAAUGUCUACUACAAAAUGCACAAGUAGGAACUGUUUCAGUAACUAUGUGUGAGGUUGUGAUACUAGACAAUGUUAUACAGUUAUCUGAAAAUACCCAAAACCUUCAAAAUGCAAACUUUAAAUCAGACUCACCUUAGCUACAGCCAUCUCAAAAUCUUCCUGUGUCACAUGUACUCUUCUUUCACGUAAAGCAUACAUCCCAGCUUCUGUGCACACUCCCUACA